GCAUGGGCGGCCCGCGGGCCUGGACGCUGCUCUGCCUCGGGCUCCUGCUCCCGGGAGGCGGCGCCGCGUGGAGCGUCCCGGGCGCCCGGUUCUCGGGUCGCAGGAACUGGUGCUCCUACGUGGUGACCCGGACCGUCUCCUGCCAUGUGCAGAAUGGUACCUACCUCCAACGAGUGCUACAGAACUGCCCGUGGCCCAUGGGCUGCCCUGGGAACAGCUACAGAACCGUGGUGAGACCCAUGUACAAAGUGAUGUACAAGACGGUGACUGCCCGAGAAUGGAGGUGCUGCCCUGGACAUUCAGGGGUGACCUGUGAGGAAGGCUCCCCUGGCUUCCUGGAGCCCACGUGGUCAGGCAGCAGCAUGCGGCGGAUGGGAGUGAGGCCUACAGCCUUCUCAGGUUGUCUCAACUGCAGCAAAGUAUCUGAGCUGACAGAGAGGCUGAAGGCGCUGGAGGCCAAGGUGGCGGUGCUGAGUGUCACAGAGCAGACAGUGUCCUCAGUCCCAGCUACCCCUGAGGACUCUGCCCUGCUCUGGGGCUCCCCAGCUACCCAAGGCAGCCCUGGAGAUGGAAGCCUGCAGGACAGAGUUGAUCCUUUGGAGCUUCCUGGGCCCACUGGCCCCAAGGGAGACGCUGUCAGCCAGAUCCCAGUGAGGAUCAGAGGCCCACCAGGCCCACAGGGACCCCCAGGACGUCCUGGCCAGACGGGAGCUGCAGGUAUCCCUGGAAAGAUGGGACCUCCAGGCCCUCCAGGUCCACCUGGGCCCCCAGGGCCUCCAGCCCCUGUCGGUCCACCCCAUGCCCAGGUUUCCCUGCAUGGUGAUCCACUGCUGUCUAAUACCUUCACUGAGACAGGCAGCCACUGGCCCCAAGGACCCACUGGGCCCCCAGGUCCUCCAGGCCCCCCAGGGCCCAUGGGUCCUCCUGGUCUUCCUGGCCCCGCGGGUGCCCCUGGGAGUCCUGGACACAUGGGAACCCCAGGCCCUUCUGGACCCAAAGGAACCUCUGGUCACCCGGGAGAGAAGGGAGACAGAGGGCUACCUGGGGAACCUGGCCCCCAGGGUUUUAUGGGGUUUCCGGGAGAACCUGGCCCCAAAGGAGACCCUGGUGAGAAGAGCCACUGGGGGGAGGGGUUGCACCAACUACGCGAGGCUUUGAAGAUUUUAGCUGAGAGGGUAUUAAUCUUGGAAACAAUGAUUGGGCUCUAUGAACCAGACUUGGGAUCCGGGGCAGGCCCUGAUGGCACAGGUACCCCCAGCCUCCUUCGAGGCAAGAGGGGAGGACACCCAACCAACUACCAGAUCAUCACCCCCAGGAGACGCAACGAGAGAAGCUGAGAGGGUAGUGGUGGCUCUACAGGGUUCAACACCAGGCUUCUUCCCCCAGCCUGGACCUAGCCAGCUGCCUCUAGGGACUGCCAGUUCCUAUUUAUUAAUAUCCUCAGGGACCCCUGUGCCAUCUUGGUCUUAGGGGCAGGCAGAUCUCAGUGAUGGCAGCCUAUUCACGACAGACUAAACGGACUGGGCCUCAAAGUCAGGCCUCACUCGCACCUGGCACAGUUCCCUCUGUGAAAUGGGGUGAAGAGGCUUUGGAGGGGGUGGAUGGAGGUACAAGGCUUCCAGUCAUCUUGGUUGCCUAAAGUUGGGAUCUGGGACUGCCUUGCCCUGCAGAUAUGCAAGGAUUGGGGCAGAAGUCUCAGUUUCCCUCCUGUAAAUCCUUGGGGAGUCCUGUGUGUCCCUCGCUUUCUGGUGCUGAGUUUCCAUCUGAGUCCAGGCUGCUUAAUUUCUAACUGAAUGGUUGGUGCUGCUUACAUCAGUUCUACCCCAGGCCCCCACUUUCCCCAUGUCCCACGUGGGAAUGGAUGUGUAGAAGGGACUCCUACUCCAAGUGUCUGCUGCAGAUACCAUGGAUUGCCAUGUAUGGGACAAUAAACAUCCCUGCUUGACCCUA